CAAACUUUGAGCCUUAAAUUCAAACUUAGGUUAUCUAUUAUCUCAAUCUCAUUCAUAUUAACAAACGUAACAUAACAUACAUAGGGUUAACUUAACAGAUUCACCACAUUCUACGUGCCUCACUUCUCUCUCUCUCAGGUUAGUUUACCAUGACGGAACCUUCCAAAGUCAUUCAUGUUCGAAACGUGGGGCACGAAAUAUCUGAAAAUGAUUUACUUCAGCUAUUUCAACGUUUUGGAGUAAUAACCAAGCUUGUGAUGUUGCGUGCAAAAAAUCAGGCACUUAUCCAAAUGCAAGAUGUUCCUUCUGCAAUAAGUUCUUUACAAUAUUAUGCAAAUACUCAACCUAGCAUAAGGGGGAGGAAUGUUUAUGUCCAGUUUUCCUCUCAUCAAGAGCUAACAACAGUAGAUCAAAGCCAAGGACGAGGAGAUGAGCCAAACCGAAUUCUCUUAGUUACAAUUCAUCACGUGCUCUAUCCCAUAACAGUGGAUGUACUGUAUCAAGUUUUUUCUCCUCAUGGAUCUGUGGAAAAGAUUGUGACAUUUCAGAAGUCAGCUGGCUUUCAGGCUCUCAUCCAGUACCAAUCACAACAGAGUGCUAUUACUGCGAGAACCGCACUUCAGGGUCGCAAUAUUUAUGAUGGUUGCUGUCAGCUGGACAUUCAAUUCUCAAACCUUGAUGAAUUACAAGUGAACUACAAUAAUGACCGAUCAAGAGACUUCACAAACCCUAGUCUUCCUACAGAACAGAAAGGCAGACCUUCACAACUUGGAUAUGGUGAUGCAGGAAACAUGUAUGCUGGUGUUCAGGGUUCUGGAGCCAGAGCAGGUGGAUAUCAGCAGAUGCCCAAUGCCGCCGCCAUUGCAGCUGCUUUUGGGGGAGGUUUGCCUCCAGGAAUAACCGGGACAAAUGAUAGGUGUACACUUCUUGUCUCAAAUCUUAAUCCUGAGAGAAUCGACGAGGACAAACUGUUCAACUUGUUCUCCCUUUACGGGAACAUCGUGAGAAUUAAACUUCUACGCAAUAAACCAGAUCAUGCACUUAUCCAGAUGGGAGAUGGUUUCCAAGCUGAACUGGCAGUACACUUUCUGAAGGGAGCCAUGUUGUUUGAUAAGCGGCUCGAGGUGAACUUCUCAAAGCAUCCAAACAUAACCCAAGGUGCUGACACACACGAUUACAGCAACUCAAAUCUCAACCGUUUCAACCGAAAUGCUGCUAAAAAUUACCGUUAUUGCUGCUCGCCAACAAAGAUGAUCCAUUUAUCCACACUUCCACAAGACAUCACUGAGGAGGAGAUUGUGACCCUUCUAGAGGAGCAUGGAACCAUUGUCAAUAGCAAAGUCUUUGAGAUGAAUAGUAAGAAACAAGGCCUGGUUCAGUUUGAGACCGAGGAGCAGGCUACCGAAGCCCUCGUGUGCAAGCAUGCCACCUCACUUUCCGGCUCGGUAAUCAGGAUCUCUUAUUCUCAGUUGCAGAAUAUAUGAAACUUAACAAUGUUAAGGAUCCCAGACAACAACGGCCGGAGUAAUGGUUGCUAAGUUAAUUAGAGACAAGGAUUCUGAAUUUGGAAGGAUUUUUUAUAUGCAGAUAGAUGAUGAUCUUCUUCAUUAUCUUGUAAUGGUGGCUUUGAUUGCAAAUUUACUGUUGAUAAUCUCACACUCCCCGACUCUUUUCCCCCUUAAUCAUUUUCUUUUCUCAUCUCCAUUGCUCUUAUCAUUUCUUUAGAUUACUAACAUAAUGUAGGGUAGGUGUAGAUUUUGUGAUUGGUGAAAGUUGAGUCUUGAGGAAUAGGAAGGUGGGGAAAUCACUGCCUGAUUUUUACCACCUUUAUUUAUUUUUUGAAUCAUUCUUGUAUUUUGGCCAAAAUAUGCCAUUAUGUAUUCUCAAUCCAUAAGAGUUUUUAGUCCAAUUAAGUAAGAAGCUGAUUUUUGUUUU